UACCACCGACAAGUGUAAUGCAUACAGCCACGUAUGAGCAGGUGCGUGUCGUGUUGCUCUCACAGCGUGCCGGUAGACGCUCACGUGAAGUAUUCUUUAGGCUUGGUUUAAAAGGCCAUCAGACACAGCCAACCGACUGGGUGAUACAUGGUGUCACGUAUAACAGAGCGAUCCACUGUGUGACAGAAAGACAAGCAAACAUCGUGACACGGAACUAAGCAACGUCACAUACAACAGAUUUGUACCCUCCGUCACGUUCAACAAACGGGGCAGAUACUGUUAUCGUACAGCAGAACGAUACCCGUGUCACGUCGUGCUCUAAUACACGGUCAUUGUCACGGCACAAAGUCAAACCGUACCACCAUAUACACAGAAACAUGGGGACGAUACCAACAUACGUCAUCCUGUUGCUAAUGGCAACAUGUAGGAACGCACAAUCGGAGGACAAUGAGCCGAAAGUUGAGAACUUCGGAACUGUGAUCGGAAUAGAUCUGGGAACAACCUACUCCUGCGUGGGGGUGUACCGGAGAGGCCGUGUGGAGAUCAUCCCCAAUGAACAGGGGAACAGAAACCCCUCCUACGUAGCGUUCACUCCGGAUGGGGAGAGGCUGAUAGGAGACGCCGCAAAGAACCAACUGACCACAAACCCCGAGAACACCAUCUUUGACGUCAAACGUCUGAUUGGACGUCCCUGGAAUGACAAGUCUGUGCAGCAUGAUAUACAGUAUUAUCCGUUCAAGGUAAUAAAGAAGGAAAACAAACCAUACGUCAAGGUUAGAGUUGGGUCAGAGGACAAGGUGUUCGCUCCCGAGGAGAUCUCGGCGAUGGUGUUGUCAAAGAUGAAGGAGAUAGCAGAGACGUACCUGGGCAAGAACGUCACCCACGCUGUCGUCACCGUCCCCGCCUACUUCAACGACGCCCAGAGGAGAGCAACCAAAGACGCCGGCACCAUCGCUGGACUCACCGUCCUCCGUCUGAUCAACGAACCAACUGCUGCUUCUAUAGCUUACGGCCUUGACAAGUCCGACGGUGAAAAGAACAUUCUGGUGUUUGACUUGGGAGGGGGAACGUUUGACGUGUCAAUCCUUACAAUCGACCAUGGCGUGUUUGAGGUGGUGGCCACCAAUGGAGACACACAUCUAGGCGAUCAAGACAUCGACCAGAGACUGAUAGAGUACUUCAUCAAACAAUACAAGACGAGGACAGGGCAGGACCUACUGGAGGACAGCGGGGCCAUCCAGAAACUGCGUCGUGAGGUGGAGAAGGCGAAGAGAGCCCUGUCAUCCCAGCAUCAGACUCGGGUGGAGAUCGAGUCUCUCAUGGGCGGCCAUGAUUUCUCUGAAGUCCUCACUAGAGCUAAGCUGGAGGAACUUUACGUAGACCUGUUUGAAUCAUCUUUAAACUACAUGCAGUCCGCUUUAGAAGAGGAAUACUUGAACAAGACGGACAUCCACGAGAUUGUUCUGGUCGGAGCAGCAAGUGAGAUACCCAAGGUUCAGCAACUGGUCAUGGAAUUCUUUGAUGGGAAGGCACCAAAGAUAGGCAUUCACCUAGAAGAGACAGUAGCCUAUGGAGCGGCCCUUGUUGCAGCAUUUUAUGCUACCUACGACGAGACCAAGGAUGAAUGUUUUGAUAUCAUAGAAAUCAAUCACUUGAGUCUCGGCAUCGAGACCAUUGGAGGCGUCAUGUCAAAGAUUAUCACUCGGAACACAGCCAUCCCUACCAAGAAGACACAGCAGUUUACAACAAUAGAGGACGACCAGGAUGUGAUGGAGGUCCUUGUCUACGAAGGCGAGAGAGCCAUGACGAAGGACAACCAUAUCCUCGGGAAGUUUGAACUCAAAGGAAUUCCUCCAGCGGCGAGAGGGGACCCCCAGAUCGAUGUUACAUUUGAGAUAGACGUGAAUGGUAUAUUGACGGUCACGGCCGAGGACGUAGGGACGGGAAAUAAGAAUAGCAUUGCCAUUCAGGACCUCCACGGAGAUGCACUCUCGCCUGAAGAUCUGGAGAAGAUGAUUCACGAUGCUGAGGAGUUUGCUGAGGAAGACAAAGAGAUGACGGAGAAAACGGAAGCUGAACUUAGAGCCGGGGAUAAAUGGACGAACAGAAAGGCUGUGAGAAGGAAACCCAUCAUAUCAGGUGACCCGGAGGAUGUUUCCCGUGACGAACUCUGAGGGAGGAAUUGGAACAAGGAGAUAAAACAAUGAUGCUGGAAACUAAAGAUGCAUGGAUGUUGUGAGGGGAAACUUAUUUAUAUUCUCAAUAUAUAUUUAGUUUUAGUGUUGAACCAUCAAGAAAUUUCGUACUGCCUGAGCAAAGUUCAGGUAUAGUUCACAUCAGUUGAAUAAAGAAGCUGGUAGAUAUAUAUAUAAACGAAAAAGCUUAAGAUGGUGUGAAAUGUGUUCCUGUAACUAUGUAGAAAAUGAGUACCACUUCUUAUUGAUAUGCACUGCUUAUGAUGAUCUACGUAAACGUUUUAUCCCUGUCGAUGUUUCCACCCAUCCAACCCUGUGUCAGUUUAACCGACUGAUGAGUAAUGAUAGUCCUCUGAUCUUAAGAAAUCUUGCCAUGUUCAUCUUCUCUGCUAAUAAUUGUUGUCGCUGCAGCUUAAAGGCUGCUAAUGUAUAACGUUAUAUCAUGGGCCGAUGGCCUACAUUCACUGGAAUAAAGAGAGAGAGAGUGAGGAAGGACACACUUCAACGAUAAUGGAUGGUUGAGAGUUGUAUCUAUAUCCCUAGCUCUGUACCGACGACAUAUGCUAUGCAUAAUGGGAAGGUGAGAGAUAGCUCAGUUGAUAUAUGUGUAUAUGUGUUGUAUGGGGCCAGUCGUCACCACUCGGCCCUUUCCGUAACCUCCAAGACGCUAUUCGGCUUGUCCCGGAAUAA